AUGACCGUUCCACCGAUCGUGCUUCAACUGGUUAAAGUCCCAGUUGUUGGCAAUUAUGAUUUAACAAGCUUGAAAUUUUUAUUCUGUGCUGCUGCUCUGUUAAGCGAAGAGUCGAGUAAUAUGUUCAGCAACAAAUUUGGUACACCUCUUAAGCAAGGUUAUGGACUUACUGAAACUACACCAAUCAUUACAAUGGAUAGGACCGAUGAUAUCACAAUUGCAAAAAUUAUUGAUGAAAAUGGAAAAGAACUUGAGAUUAACGAACAAGGUGAACUAUGUGUUCGUGGUCCAAACAUUAUAAAGGCCACUAAAGAAUGUAUUAUUAGUAAAGAUGGAUUUUUCCGUACCGGAGAUGUUGCUUUUAUUGAUAUUAAUAAAAAUGGUAGAUUAUUGUAA